UCCGGCUGUGUAUCUUGUUUGGAAGGUCGCACAUUGAUGACAUCGCAGUGUUAGCAGUAGUACCGUUAGCUGUUAGCUGUAGCUUUUGGCCACCGUUCAUUUUAACCACAGGCUGACUUCUCAACUUAAAGUAAGGAGAUGUCGUCUUUGUGUGGCCCCAGCGACAGCUGUCGCGAUGCAGGUCAAGGGGCUACAGAGAAACUGGAGAAGGAGCAUCCUCGUGUACUCAUCCCGGAGCUGUGCCGACUCUUCUACCAGCUGGGAUGGGUGACGGGGACGGGCGGAGGGAUCAGUCUGAGACGAGGAGAGCAGAUCUACAUUGCACCAUCCGGCGUCCAGAAGGAGAGAAUACAGCCGGAAGACAUGUUUGUGUGUGACAUUGAAGAGCGGGACAUCAGUUGUCCACCGUCCUGGAAGAAUUUGAGGAAGAGCCAGUGUACACCGCUUUUUAUGAAUGCCUAUACUAUGAGAGGGGCACAGGCAGUUAUACACACCCACUCCAAGGCUGCUGUCAUGGCAACACUGCUGUAUCCUGGCAAAGAGUUCAGGAUAACACACCAGGAGAUGAUCAAGGGGAUUCGUAAGGGCACCUCAGGCACCAACUAUCGAUAUGACGAGAGCCUGGUCGUGCCUAUCGUUGAAAAUACACCCGAGGAGAAGGACUUGAAAGACCGGAUGGCCCGGGCAAUGGAGGAAUACCCAAAUUCGUGUGCCGUCCUCGUCCGCCGACACGGUGUCUAUGUCUGGGGCGAGUCGUGGCAAAAAGCUAAGACCAUGUGUGAAUGCUACGACUACCUGUUCGACAUCGCCGUCCAGAUGAAGCAGUGUGGCCUGGACCCUUCAGCCCUCCCAACAGAAGAAAAGGGGAUUGUUUGACAUUCACUGGUGCUUUCUAAAGAGACAUUUGUUGCAGAAAGGUCAGUAGUGUUCGAUCAGGAGAGCAUAUUGUAAUCAUUUGCCUUUCACGCUGACCUGCUUCAAAUUUGAUGAGAUUUGAUGGUAAGGCCAGAUCACGGGUUAAAGGAGAUUGAACGCCUGUGAUCCGGAAGCACCUAGAGGUACGCUGCAAAGCACUGUGGGGACAGCUCUUGAAUGAGCAGCCGGCAAAUCAAGGUCCUCGAGUUCAAAUGCUUUUCCUAUUCAAGUUUGACUGCACUGGAAAUCUUGGUCUUGGUGCAUGUCAGACAUGAACAUACUGUGCAUGCCAAUUGAUCUACAGUGGUGAUGAACUGCCUUCUACUACUAUCAAUCAAUAAAAACUGAUGGAAUGUA